AUGGGCGCGCACGAGUCUGUGCCUUUAACGCCGAGGGAGGCUGCAUCGGGUCUUCUGGGUUCGGUGUCAAUGACCUGUUGGAUCUUCCUUUUGGUCCCUCAGCUUAUCGAAAACUACCGUAACGGCAACGCCGACGCUAUCUCGCUCCUCUUCAUCUUUGUCUGGUUUAUCGGUGACAUCGCGAAUCUGGUGGGUGGUCUUAUGGCAGACCUUGUCCCCGUGAUCCUCGCCAUAGCAGUCUAUUUCUGUAUCGCGGACGGCGUCUUGAUCGGUCAAUGCCUGUACUACAAGGUGUUCAAUGCGCGUUCGGAGGUUCACCGUCGGCGGCGCUCGUCCACGGAGACACCCGAUCCCACUACCCCGCUACUUGGUCGACGAUUCAGCGACGCUGUCCCACCGCAGGGCCGGCGGAGAUCCUCUGGCUCUCAGCGGGGCUACCAUACUGGGCGGCGCGAUAGCCAGCCCGAGGAUUCGCUUGCCAAGAUUGUGGAGGAGAGUGAGUAUGGGCGCAAGGCUUGGAUCAAAAACUUCAUCAGUGUCCUCGGUAUCUUCGUUGUUGGUAUGGCCGGGUGGACCAUGGCCUGGAAGACUGGAAUGUGGGCUCCGGCGCCGGAAUCCCACAACGACGGGGCUGUAGCUACUGGUGGUCAGAUCCUGGGUUAUUUCAGUGCUGUCUGCUAUCUUGGAGCGCGACUGCCUCAAAUCUACAAGAACUAUUCCGAUAAGUCAUGCGAAGGACUGUCACUCCUCUUCUUCAUCUUGUCUCUUAUGGGCAAUCUCACAUACGGCGCAGGUAUUCUGUUCCACUCUACUGAACGGGAAUAUGUCUUGACCAACCUUCCAUGGCUGAUUGGCUCCUUGGGCACCAUGGUUGAGGAUGUGGUCAUCUUCAUUCAAUUCCGGAUCUACGCCGUCAAGGAAGAUGCUCCUCUCUUUGUGGCGUCAUAA